GCUCGCUCUCUCGGCCUCCCUUCUGCGAGAUCAGCACAAUGUCGUCGGCACCUGCGGAAGCGCGCAAGCUCUUCCGGUCUAUCUCCCGCGAGAUCCGGCGAGGGUCAGUGCACUCAAGACCAAACCAGGCUAGGCGCGCCGAGCCGCUGCCCACCUACCUCCGCACCAUCUUUUCCUCCGGCUCCGGAGCCGACGCAGACGAUGCCGCACAUGCGAGGAAGCGGAUGGAGAAUCUGCACUUGAUGCUUCAACAUGGCAGGAUCCAUGCUGAACUCCUCUCCCGAUACAAUCCCGUCUACGGGAAGUCCAACGCCGAGCAUAUUAAAGCGACGGCGAAUCGCGUUGGUCUCGACGUCCCGCAAGAGUACUCACCCAUUCAGUCUGCAGCGGCUGCCCUACAUGCGGCAAAUAGCAACAUAGCGUCUGCCGAUGGUGGGAAAAAGCAAUAAAAGAGAUUGGUUUGACAACCAAGAAAAGAGAUAUACAGUGGAAAGAGAGGUGUGUGAUCCUCAAAGGAUGGCGAAAAUACAUGUGAAGAUACAGAAGAUAGAUGUGGGAGCGCUAUUGGCGGAGAGGGUAGAUGUACAAUACACAAGAGGG